AACAGUAGUCUGGCUCAUGGCUGACAUUUCUCUCGAUCUCCUUGUGUCCUCAGACAGAGUGUCAGUGUGGGGAGACCUCAGAGCCACUGGCCUUCGUCCAGUUUGUCCACUACAUCUCCGCCCCCAGUCUCGGGGCGGCAGCUAAGAAGGAGAAGAAGCAGGGUGGCGGCUAUUCGCUGGGAGACGGGGAGAUGUUUGGGAGGUUGGUGAGGGUGGUGAGUGGGGAGGGGGAGUGGAGGGAGUGUGAGACCUGCCACAAGAAGAGUCCCGUCAAGAAGAUGCUUCUCAACAACCCUGACCUCGGUAGGUGAACUCUGACCUCAGUAGGUGAACCCUGACCUUGGUAGGUGAACUCAGACCUUGGUAGCUACGCGCUCUGGGAGAACGGAUUACUGCUUUUGCUAUAAUUAAAUACACUCCUUUUCCUUAAUCUCAGGGGCAAAAAGGAGUUAGCCUUACCUUACCCCCUCUCCUGAAACAUGCAUUGCAGCAUGCCCCUGUUUUUAAACGUCUGUGGAGUGUGGACCAGAGAGACUUCACUUUCUGCAUUUGCAUCCUUGUUUUCGUGUCAAUUCCCUGUUACUAUUCUCCAUUACAUCAUGCUCUUUUUCUCCCCCUUUCCAUUUUGCCUUUCUACAUUCUUUCUCUUUUACCAUCUUCCCUCCCUCCCUCUCUCCUCCCUUCUCACACCCUCCCUCUCCCAGUGUGUAUAGGGAUGAUAUGGGACAGUGAUCAGCCAAAUAUCGAUGACAUCAUGAGUGUUGUGCAGUCUGUUGGCAUAUUUGUCAGAGUCUCUGAUAUAUUCCACCGAGUGAUGAGUGAGGCCGGGUCCAAGGAGUACUGUCUCAGUGGUAUGGUGGCCUACUACGGCCAUCACUACUGCACCUUCUGCUACCACACUGUCCUCAGACAGUGGGGCUUCUUUGACGACGCCAACUUCAGAACCAUUGGCAGUAACUGGGCGGAUGUAGUGGAACUGUGUCGCAAGGCACACUACCAACCUCUACUGCUGGUCUACUCCGACCCCUUUGCCGAUAAGAUCGUCAUGACAACCGCACCCGUACAAGUCACCCGAGUCGUUGCCACGGAAACCAAGACCAAGUCACUGACUCCUGUAACGGAAGAAGCGAGCGAGAUCUCAGCCGAUACUCGGAAAACCAGUGACAACAAGCCACUAACCAACAGUGGGCCUCAUUCAGAGACUGGUGGUUCUCAAUCCAGUAGCGUACGGAGCCAAUUAUCGAACGGUACCUAUUAUCGAACG